AUGACGCGUCGCUGCGGCGACCACGUUGUUCGUUCGUUUUCGGUUCCAACGAGCACGUUGCCGAUAAGACGACGCACGCGGCUGUCUCCUCCCCCACGUUUCCCAAUUUAUCACCAUUUCUUCUUAUUUUCCACGUUGUUCGACCAUCUUGCGGUAUCUUCUCUUUCGACAGCCUUGAUCGAAAGGAAAUCUCCUAAUUUGCGGUCUGACGAAGCGUGUGAUUAGUUUUGAAGAGAAAUUUACGAGAAUGAAGAUCCGGCGGAAGAAAUUGUUUUUCCUGCUCUCGUUUUCGUGUAUUUAAGGCAAGUAGAUGGUGCGAGGCUUUCAAAAAAGUUUUCGGUAGUUUUUUUAUUUCUUUUUUUGAAUUUAAAAAAAGUGAUGGUGCGCGCUAUAUUCUUCAUUACCUGUCUCUUUUUAACUUUAAACAUCGCUCAAAAAAAUUUAAAAACCGUCACUUUUUAUUGUCAAAGCUACACAAUUUUUACAUGAAAAAAAGGCUGAACUAUAGCAAACUAGACUGUAGUUUUUAUGCUCAAACUGUCGUCAACUUUAGCCUUAAAAAAACACGACAAAAACUUUAUAAUCUGAUCAAUAUAAUUUUCAGAAGUUUCAAAUGGAGCGAAAUUAAAUUGUUUUUUUAAGAAUUUUUUUCGAAAAUUUCAUCAAAAAAGCCCAGAAAAGAGUUGAAAAACCGUUUUUCUAGUAGUAACAUUGAGCUCAGGUUACUGUUCAAAUUAGGUAAAUAGCACCAGUUCUAAAGCUCUAUCACUAGAUGUGCAAUCAAGAAAAAUCAUGAGCAGAAGAAUUUUGGAGAAACUACAGUUUAUUCGACCUCAGAAACUAAUUAGACCAGUUUUCGAAUAUUUUCAUAAUCUGAGAUCCAAUAUGAACCAAAAUUCAGCUCUCAUAUCCAUUUUUUUUUAUAAAACUUCUCAAUGUUUUCCUGUUUUGAAAGAUUUUUUCUUCUCAUGGCCUAGUAGCGAUAGUUUUAUUGAAUCAGCGUUGAAAAAUGCAGCGAAAUUUUUGAAAUUUUUGGAGUUUUUUUCUGGUUUUUGCACACCAUAAAAUUAUUUCUUCUUACUAGCGCCUAAUAAUUUUAUGAUAUUCGUACGUAUCUCAAUGAGACGGAUCGAAUGGUUAUACUUUCAUGCUGAAAAUCGAACAUGUUGGUAACGUCGGAUUAUUCCGAAACAAAUUUUCAAUCUCUCUCAACCUUCUUCAGACAAAAAGCUGUAAAAACUCAAAACGCUUGUUGGAAAUUCUCACCGUCUAUUUCAUCAGCUCAGAAAAUCCAACAAAACACGUCUGUCUAUCUCAUUUCAGAACGUCGAAAAACUGUUGCGGAGCGAUGUUUUAUUGUUAAAACAAUUUCGUCGACGAAAAGAUAAAAAUCUCUUAUCUGCAAAUGUUUCACCGCCGCCGCGGCCUCGUGUGUUUUUGUUGCUUAUCUCGGUUUUGCUGUCAUAAAUGUCAAAGAAAAAUCUUUUUCGUCGUCUUUCCGUGUUUUACACUUUGUCCCGUCGCGUUAUAAAAAGCUCUCGUCUACAGUUUUUCUUUCAGAUCACCUUUCAAGCUUCUCAAGCAUAUCAACUGACCAAGAUGAGCGGUUCCAAGUGAGUUUGGAUCUAAUUUUUCGAAGUUCGACUUGCUUUUUCUUGCAGGAUCGAGAAGAAAGUCAAGGGCAACGUCCGGGAGACUGUCGGGCGCACCUCCAUCUCCAAGUUGACCCAUCUUCCUGAGGGUUACAGCGUCAAGACGGAUAUUUGUACGUUUUUGAAACAUCUUCUAAACUUCAACAGUUACAGGAAAAGGAGAUGGGCCAUUUUGAGAAAAUUUUCAAGUUAUGUCGGAAGUUUUGCUUUCAGGGUUCAUGUGGGAAGUUUUGCGAAAAUUCAAAAAACUUAAAGAAAUUGGCCGGGUAUUAAAGCUCUUUGAAAUUGAAUCUCAAAUUAUAAGAAAAAUUUUUCUAUGACUUUCCAAAAAAAUAAUAAAGAUUUUAGGUUUAUCACUCUCGUAAUGCGUAGUUUCCAUUGAUCUUUGACGAGGCCGCAAGAGCGAAAAUUUCUGAUUCUGAUGUCAGAUGAGAUUUUGCAGUCGUCAGCCUUAUCAUUUCCCGUCUGCGAUUCUCUUUUAUUUUACGCUUGAUGACGGAAAUAAAACCAAAGAGAAUGUCGGAUCUGAAACUUUCAAGAGAAAAAAUGACAUUGAGAGAAAAAAUUUCAUCAGCUGAGGUUUUUACACAUUAAAAAAAACGGGCUUCCAAUUUUAAAUCAUCCUGGUCGACCAUAGGAUGGCUCGAAAGUUUAUUUAAGCAGGUGAAAUUGAAACUCGAAUAUUGAAUUCGAAUUUAAUCCGUCAUUACUUUUUCCUUUGAGCAAUCAAAAUUUUCGAGCUGAAUUUCUUGUAGUUUAGUCGUUAGUUCGUCUUGGUAUGAAUAAAGUUUAUGAUUUUUUACAGAUGUCAAGCUCGAAUACCUCAACCCGGCCACUUCUGUCUACGACCGAAUUGCUGUCGCCGCCUUCGAGGUUCUAGGAAUCUUAGAAAUGAUAAUUAUAUCCAGUUGGUCUUCCAGAAAGCCCAAGAGCAAGGACUGAAGCAAGGAGACACGGCUGUCGUCUUCGCUGGCGGAUCUGAGGCCGUUUCCUUUGGUAUGGCUGCCGCGUCUCUUCAAGUCAAGUACUUAUAAAGUCAAAGCAAGAGUUGAAUCCAAAAAGUCAGACUCGUGGUCGUCUAUGAAGACAGGGGACUCGAAUCGGUGCAUAAGAUCCUGGAGAGACUGGAAGUUCAGGUAAAAAAAUUAUAUAGUAAACUUAUAAAAAAAUCUUGGGACUUUCAGGUUGAGAAAUACACCGGGUCGGAUCAUCUUCAACAUGCUGAGAAGUUGGCCAAAGAGAAAGGAGCAUUCUUCCUCAACUCGGUGAGAAAAUACACUCAACUCUACAAGAUUUGAAAUGAUCCAAAAUCGCUUGAAAUGGCUUGAAAAAGUCCUGGUUGUCAUCUACAACAGCAAAAAAAAAAAGUGAAGCGUAUUUUUCAUAUUAUAAAAAGCCACUCCGCGCAAAUAGUUAAUAGUCGGGCGCAGAAGAAAAAAUUAGAGACUGCCAAAAAACAGAAUAAUUUCCUGACCGCGACGCGCUGUUUCAAAUAUUUUCAAAUAUUGUCGAAGAAUCCUUGGAGGCUUUUCAAAUAUUGGCCAAGACUUUAAAUCACUUCCGAAAAAAACCAUCUCAUGUUUUUUUCCCAGAUCCUGACCGAGGCUGCUGAGAAAGCUCAUCAGGAAACAUGCAAAGAAAUUGAAGAAUCCUUGGAGAUUCUCAAGAAAAAAGAAGCCGUCGUGUACGUUCCAAUCAACUCUGGCCGUACAGUCACUGCGAUCAAUAAAUACUUCAAAGCCAAGAAUUCUGAUGUAAAGGUGAGUUUCAAUAAUUCAGAUAGAAAAACUGAAAAGACGGAGUUCCUGUUCUAAAAGUUAAAUAAUAAUAAUUUACUCAUCCACAAAGUGAAAAGAAUAAAUAAGGUUAAGAACCGGUUUUAGGUCACCCUCACGAGUGACUUCACCGGAUAGGGAAUAAAUUAGAUAUCACAGUUGAUAAAAUACACGUAUAUGCAUAUUGAGAUUUUUGAGAUCAUAGUAGCCGUCUAGGGAUGCUGAUGAAUAAUUCAUUGUCGGGGAUGUUGUCCAGAUGAGAUUUGAAAAUUUUAGGAGGAACAGAGACGUUGAAUCUAGAGCAGAUUUUGUUCCAGAUUGGGAUCAGUUUUGAAAAGAAAGAAUCACAUAAAGGACCAGCCUGAAUUAACCGCAGAGGAUGUCGACCCGAAUGAGAGAUUCUGAAAAACCUGUGAGCGCUUGGAAAAUGAUCUAUCUUGAGGACAAUUUUGUGAAGUGUGCAGAGUGCAAGAUUGAGUCUCCUUCUGUACAAAGCAUUAGUUUCGAGCUUGAGCAAUCUUUCAGAAUAUGAAUUGAAUCUUAAGUUUCUGCGCAUGAAAAAUUUCUCUAGUGAAAUACCUAUAAGGUUUUUUUCGAGUAGAUAUGCCUGUUCGGAAUUUAUUGCGGGAUAGAAAAACGUCACUGCAGUAGUCGAGGUGAGGUUUCACGAAUAGGUUGAAAACCAUAUUAUACUGUUGAAUUGUGAGACAACGAAAGCUUUUUCAGAAUUUGUUUACUUUUUGAGCAAAGAGGUGUUAACUGCUUUUGAAAUGUGAGAUUUGAAAAGUAGGGAACUGUCCACCAUGACUCCAAGAUCUCUGACAACUUCGGAAGAACUAAUAAAAAGUGCCUUUAAUUGUAUAAACUGUCCUAGGAUUUGAUCUGCCUAGAUGGAGAGCUACAGUUUUGUUUUUCAGCUAAUGGGAGUCCCCAUGUUUCGGACCACAUAGCAAGUUGGUUGAUUGCAUUUUGUAGAGCAAUUGGGUCAGAGGAGAAAAUUUUAAGAUCAUCAGCGAAUAGAUAACUGGAGACGUCAUCACUGAAAUUUGCAGCUAGAUCAUUUAUGAAGAUUAAAAACAAGAGAGGCCCCGUAACAAGUUACCGUUUCUGAGAGAGAAUAUACUCUACCCGCCACUAGAUUGUUGAAAAUUCUGCAAAGUCGUCUUGAUUUUUAAUUUGAAUCUUUUCAUUUAGUAAAACCUUCACUGAUACAAAUAUAAUCCAAUAAUUUCUCGAGUAAAAGAUACACUAUGAGAAUCUCUUCCAAAAACUUCAAGCCAGCUUUACUUUCUUCAAAAGUCAACUUGAACCCAAGGAAAUCUCACCAAACAUCGAUUGUUACAACUGAUUGGAAAACUAAAAGAACCGGAAAACAAAAACGCUUCACACUUGAUAAAAGCAUAUCGCGCCACGUGUUUGCCGGACCAAAGACCAUGUUUCCACACUAGUCUCUUGUUAACGCACAUUGAAACAGCAAACUCAUCUUUUUCAGGUUUUUGGUGUCACCAGCAAAGACGUCAUUGAAAUCGGCGCAUUUUUGGGAGACGAUGCGGAUUUGGAAGGACUCAAGGUUGAAGAAAAAUAUUUUUGAAAGGAAACUCGAAGAUUUCAGAACAAUGGAGUUGAAAUCGUUGACGUUGACAUCAAGGAGGUGAUUCCAUUGACCCGUCAUCUCAUCAGAAAGAGCGGACUUUUGGUUGGGCCAGCAAGUGGAGCGGCCGUUCUGGCUGCUGUUCAGGUGAGAUAUCGCAGUGUUUGGUUAUAAAAAUUCCAAAAUUCUGAGACCGAUUAUGAAUAGUGUAUAGGCUAUAACUACACAGUAGUUUCUCUCAACUUUUUCGAUUUUCCAGGGCUCGAAGAAUCUUGCCGAUGGUACUGUCGUGAUCCCCCUGGCUGUCGACGGCUGCAGAAACUACUUGUAAGCUCAUUCUUCAAAAAAAGAGGGCAAUAUUAAUUUCCAGGCACACACUCCUCAACGAUGAGUGGCUCUCUUCUAAAGGUUUCAACAUCCCGAAGGUUGAGCAAGUGAAACCUUCUGAGUGAGUGAAAACUUUUCAUCAAUCUUUGAAGUUACGUGAUUCCAGUGACAUCCCAGAAAACCUGAUGGACUACGAUCCUUCAAAAUUGUCAGCGACAUGGAAGCGUGGAGAUGAUAACACUUGGGGCAGCAACAGCCCAUUCAAAUUGAAUCCUUUCCGGUGGGACUAAAAUCAAUUAUUUUUUAUUGUGCCCGAUUUGAAGUCCCGAGCGCCCAUUGGUCACCAAAGAUGUCCUCGAAGCAAUCGGAAAUACUCCGUUGGUCAAGCUCAACCACAUUCCUGGCAAAUAUGGCGUCAAGGCCAACAUUUGUGAGAAAACCCAAAAUUUUUGGAUUUAUUUGAAUUUUCCAGACGUGAAACUCGAGUUCAUGAACGCCGGAGGAUCAGUCAAAGAUCGCAUUGCACAGAGAAUGAUUGAUUUGGUCGAAAAGACUGAUUUCCCAGAAAAACUCAAGGACGGAGCCAUGUUCGUGGAGCCAACCUCUGGAAACACUGGAAUCGGUCUUUCGCUGGCUAGCGCUGUCAAGGGAUACGAGUGAGUGUAAAAUAUUCAAGAAAUGAAAAAGCGAUCAGUAAAUUCACUGUAGAAGGAGAUACGUUGAAGAAAACUUAAAAUUAGGCGAACUUGAGAAGUUUUGAGCUUUUUUUCUGGUUAGAUAAGGCAAAUCAAAAAUUUCAACAGGAAACGUUGAUGACAAAAAAUAGUCAAUCAUGAGUUUUUCAGUUGCGUCAUCGUCAUGCCGGUGAAAAUGUCGGCUGAAAAGGCGUCAGUCAUCAACGCCUUGGGCUCCAAAAUCAUCCGCACGCCCAACGAAGAAGGCUUCGAUUCGCCCAAGUCUCACAUUGGAGUGACUCUUCGUCUUCACAGGGAAAUUCCCACCGCCGUCGUCUUGGAUCAAGUAGGCUCUAUAGUCCAUUCAAGACUGCUUUAUGAUUCAAAACAGCCGUAAAAUCUCUAACCUUUUUUUAUUUCCAUGAUUUACUCGCAAAGUCAUUAGAUGUAAUGUUGAACCAAGUAGAUAAGAAGUCAAGAAACAACUUUGUUUAUAUUUUUCAGUACCGCAAUCCGGCAAACGUGAUGACUCACUACGAACAGACCUCUCUUGAGAUUAUCCACGACCUCGAACACAUGACUCUUGAUAUGCUGGUUUGUUGAUUUUUUGUUUAUUGGUUGGGCGAUCCCUCAUUGAACAGAUGCUCGCGUAACGUUCAAAAUAAUGGCCAAGUGUUUCUUUGAAAAAGGGAUGUGAGGAAAUCUUAAUGAACUUUUGCUCACAUUUUUGUUCAUCUUGGUGAAUCUAUCGAAAAAAGCGCAAAACCGAAAAUCAACUUUUCUUGCUAAACUUUUAUAUGAACCCUCAAAACAUUCAAAAAAUUUUUUUGUAGGUCAUCGGAGCCGGAACAGGAGGAACCAUGACUGGAACCGGUCGUCGCAUCCGCGAACAGUUCUCAGGCGUCAAAAUUAUCGGAGUCGAUCCCGAAGGCUCCAUUCUCGCUCACAAAGAUCACACCAAGAUGGCACCUUAUGAGGUUGAAGGAAUCGGCUACGACUUCAUUCCUGGAACUUUGGACCGAGAUGUCGUUGAUGAGUGGUCCGUUGUCAAUGAUCAGGUUAGUAAGAAUAAUGGUGAACUCUUCCUUGCCAGUAUGAGGUUUUUUUGUGGUUUCAAUCCAGGUUUCAUCAAUUAGAAAAUUCUUAGGAGAGCUUCGACAUCGCCAGAGAUCUGAUCGCCUUGGAAGGAAUUCUGGCCGGUGGCUCUUCUGGAACAGCUGUCAAGGCUGCCAUUGAGGCGGCCAAGGAUCUUCCAGCCACCGCAAAUGUCGUUGUCAUCCUUCCAGAUGGCAUUCGCAACUACUUGUGAGCUCAAAACUCAAAUAAUCAACAAAAAAUUUGUUUUACAGGUCCAAGUUCCUGGACGACGACUGGAUGGAGAAGAAACACUUCAAAAUCGACCAUUAA